AUGGACCGAUUCUUCCCUUCUGCGAAUCCUGUAUAUGAUGACGACUCGCAGGUAUCCACCACUGGCAGCUCAUUGCAAAGUUGGAUUAGCUGGUUCUGUUCGCUCUCAGGACACGAGUAUUAUGCAGAGGUGCCCGAGGACUUUAUUCAAGACGACUUCAACUUGACAGGAUUGUCUGCCAUUGUACCCUACUAUGACGAAGCCCUGGAAAUGAUCCUCGAUUUGGAACCAGAAGAGCCCUCAGAUGACGAUCAGCUUGCAGACCAAGAGGACGAGGAGGAAGAAGAGGAACCGUCAGAAGAGGAUGAUGGCUUUUGGAAGGAACGACCUAUUGCCACCAAACGGCGUAGUGGUGAACGUGCACAUCCAAGUGUUGUCGAGCCUUAUGCUGCCAUGUUGUAUGGCUUGAUUCAUCAACGCUACUUGUUGACACGCAACGGGCUUCGUUUGAUGGCUGAACGUUAUCUCGCCGAGCAAUUUGGUUUCUGUCCUCGUGUUUAUUGUGGCAAAUGCCCUGUUAUUCCUUGCGGUCGUUACGAUGAAGCAGGUCGUGAAGGUGUACGUCUCUAUUGUCCUCGUUGUAUGGACUUAUACAAUCCUCCAAGCUUGAUUUCUCAAAAUGUGGAUGGUGCCCAUUUUGGAACGACGUAUGCACAUUUAUUAUUUCAAUCCUUUAAUGAUUUGGUACCAGCACCACGACGCCACAUUUACCAACCUCGUAUCUUUGGUUUCCGUGUCAAUGAAAAGUCGGUCGUUGGUCCAAGGAUGCAAUGGCUUCGUAUGCGACCUCGUGAAUGUACUACAGGCGAUGAUGAUGAUGAUGACGAGUUUGAGGAUGAUGUUGCGGAUCAGGAAGAAGAAGAGGAAGAGGAUAUUAUCAAUGUUAUUGCAACACAAGACAUGAAUGCGCCGGCCCCAUCGCAGGCGGUGGAGCAACGUGAAGAUGAUCGACUCGCACGAUUGACUCAUCAAGUCGAAGGUUGGCGUAUGCGUGAUUCCAGCCUCAACUUUUUCAGGCGGUGGAUGUGA